AUGCCUUCAGCAACGAACACACUUCAACCCGGAGAAGCCUGGAGGCAUCUCGACAUCGCCGUCGUGGGCGGAGGAAUUGGUGGUCUGGCAGUCUCGAUUUCUCUUCGGAGAGCUGGUCAUAAGGUCACCAUCUACGAACGAGCAGACUUUGCCGGCGAAGUCGGUGCAUCGAUCUCCUGUGCUGCGAAUGGAGUCAAGUGGUUACGGGAAUGGGAAGUCGACAUUGCCAAGGGUGACGGCGUGUACUUGCGUCAACUGAUCAACCGCGACUGGGAAUCUGGCGAGCCUGUCAGCGUGUAUGAUUUAAAUGAUUACGAAGAGAAAUGGGGCCAUCCGUAUUACAUGUUUCAUCGUCAAGACAUGCACAAGAUGUUGAUGGACACUGCCUUGCAAUCGGAGGGAGCUGGUACUCCGGUCAAGCUCAUAGUUAACCACAAGACCGUUGAUCUUGACACCGAGAACGGCACCAUCACAUUCCAUGACGGCACGAAAGCUCAGCACGAGGCUGUCAUUGGUGCUGACGGGAUUGGCUCCAACAUCCGGAAACUCAUUGGCAUCCAAGUAGAGAAGAGACCCGCCGACUCCAGCUGUCUGCACGCCAACGUCACCACUGAGCAGGCAGUCAAACUUGGUCUUCCAGACUACUCGAAAGACUCCGCCAUUGAGUACUGGGGAGGCCAUCACACAUUUAACAAGAUCGUCCUCUCGCCCUGCAACUCGGGCACCCUGCUGUCAUACUACUGCUUCUUCCCUCGGGAAAAGGGUGACUUCUCCGAGCAGAAAUGGGACGCUUCUUCGACCGUCGAGGACCUUCUCGCCCCUUACCCUGAUCUCGACCGUCAAGUUCUGGGACAUCUUGGCAUUGGACAAGAGAUCCGUCCAUGGAGAUUGUGGGUGCACGAGCCUUACUCACACUGGCAAAAGGGCGUCGCUUGUAUCAUGGGCGACGCAGCACACCCAAUGAUGCCAGACCAGUCACAAGGGGCUUGUAUGGCGAUCGAGGAUUCCGCUGCCCUCGGGCUCGUAUUCAGCAAGGACUUAUAUCCCGGCAGUGUUCGUGAGGCCCUGAAGUUGUACGAGAGUGUACGACAUCCCAGAGCCACCAAAGUCCAGGCUGCAAGUGCCAGGGCCAGAGAAAACAUCCACGAGCGGAUUGGCUUCUCAGAUAACACGGACAAUCCACUCUACAAGGUUAAGGAUGAGCAGAAGAAGUUGACGAUCACGGAGAUGAACUCCUAUGAUAUGAGGGAGGACAUCAGGAGUAAGUGGCCAGAGGGCUGGCCAGCGUCUGCUAACGGGGUUACUGCAAACGUGAUCAACGGAAAUUGA